AUGCCCAGGUCCGCCUUCUCAGUCAUUUCCUUUUGUCACCGGUUUGGCAAACAGGAGAGAAACCAGAGCUUCAUGGGAAACAGCAGCAACAGUUGGUCCCACGCACCGUCCCCCCGGCCGGAGCUGGGCCUGGGGUCCCGGCCCCCGGCGCCUCGGGAGCCGCCCGCCUGCGCCCUCUGCCCGGGGAGGCUGCGCGAGCCCCCGCGGGACCGCGGCCCCGACGCCCGCAGCCGGUGCCCCCAGCGCCGCCGGGGCCGCCCGCGGAGGGGCCUCCGGGGCCUGGAGGAGAAGAUGGGGCGCCUGCUGCGGAGGCCGCCGCCCGCCGUGCAGGAGAGCUGCGCGGGGCCGGAGCCGCUGCUGCUGGUGCGGGUCGGCGCCGCGGGGGGCCCGCUCCUGAGGAUGGGGGCCGUCAACCGCUGCCUGAAGCACCCGCUGGCCCGGGACGCCCCGGUCUGCCUCCUCGCCGUGCUGGGGGCGCCGCGCUCCGGGAAGACCGUGCUCCUCAACCGCCUGCUCCAGGGGCUGCCGGGCCUGGAGGCGGGCGAGGGCUGGCCGAGCGGAGGGGGCGCCCCGCCGGGGUGCAGAUGGGGCGCCGACGGCCCUGACAGGGGCGUGCGUGUGUGGAGCCACCCCUUCCUGCUGGGGAAGGAGGGUCGGGAGGUGGCUGUGUUUCUGGUGGACACCGGGGACGCCAUGAGCCCUGAGCUGAGCCGAGAGGCCAGGACCAAGCUGUGCGCCCUCAUCAUGAUGCUGAGCUCCUACCAGAUCCUCCACACUUCCCAGGAGCUGAAGGACACAGACCUCGAAUAUCUGGAGAUGUUUGUCCACGUGGCUGAGGUGAUGGGCAGGCAUUAUGGGAUGGUGCCCAUCCAGCACCUGGAUCUCCUGGUCCGUGACUCACUGCACCCCAACAAGGCAGGGCAGGGGCCCGAGGGGGACGCCCUCCGGAAAUCUGGCAAAUACCCCAGGGUUCGGGAGCUGCUGCGAGGGAGGCGAGCCCGCUGCUGCCUCCUGCCUGCGCCGAGGCGGCCGUGGGCCGGCGGAGACCCCGGGAGCCCGGGCAGCCCCGAGGACGAUGCCUGCCCCCUGCGGGCCUACGUGGCCGAGGUGCUGCGUGCCGCCCCCCAGCAUGCCAAGAGCCGUUGCCAGGGCUACUGGAGUGAGGGACGCCCCGUGGCCAGGGGGGACGGCCGCCUGCUCACAGGGCAGCAGCUAGCUCAGGAAAUCAAGAACCUCUCGGGCUGGAUGGGGAGGCCAGGGCCCGGCUUUGCCUCUCCGGAUGAGAUGGCCGCCCAGCUGCACGACCUGAGGCUGGUGGAAGCUGCCAAGAAGGAGUUUAAGGAGUAUGUGCAGCAGCAGGACGUGGCCACCAAGCGCAUAUUCUCUGCGCUCCGGGUCCUGCCGGACACGAUGAGGAGCCUCCUCUCUGCCCAGAAAGACGCCAUCCUGGCUCGCCACGGAGCGGCCUUGCGGUGCCAGGGGAGAGCGCCGGCCUUGGAGGCCCUGGAGGCUGAGUUGCAGGCCCAGGCCAGGGCCUUCAUGGACACCUACACCCUGCGCUUCUGCGGCCACCUGGCCGCCGUGGGCGGGGCCGUGGGGGCCGGGCUCAUGGGCCUGGCGGGGGGCGUGGUGGGCGCGGGCAUGGCCGCAGCGGCGCUGGCCGCGGAGGCUGGGAUGGUGGCCGCUGGAGCUGCGGUGGGCGCCACAGGGGCCGCCGUGGUGGGGGGCGGCGUGGGCGCGGGGCUGGCUGCCACCUUGGGCUGCAUGGAGAAGGAGGAGGAGGAGAGGCUGCAGGAAGGCGACCGAGAGCCGCUGCUCCAGGGAGAGUAA